UGUAAGCCAAAAAAGAUAUCAACUGCAUUGAUUUUCAGUAAGGGAAGAGCUUUCUCAUGUUCAGGAGAAUAUAUCACUGCCAAAAUGGAGACGAUUUCUGUACGGAAUUUAGGCAAAUCGGAGGAUGUUUCACGUGAUUCAAGUCGUAUGAAAAAGACUGACGAAAAAUUGGUUGUGGUUGCAAUAGAUGUUGGAACAGCUUACUCCGGUUAUGCUUUUUCUUUCCGAAAUAAACCCGAUGAAAUUUACGUGAACAACUGGGCAACACAUGCUGGAGAAGGAUUUACACAAAAAACACCAUCUUCCAUUCUUCUGGACUCUGUGUAUAAUUUUUUAGCUUUUGGAUAUGAAGCUGAAACCAAAUUCUCCAGCCUUGUCACGACAGAGGAUCCUUUGAAAUAUUACUUCAUAAAAAACUUCAAAGAAAAACUUUUGAAACACGAAGGACUUAAAAGACAUUUUCUUGUUGAAGACGUUUUCAAACGGUUUAUUCCAGCACAUGGUCUUUUCGUAGCUACAAUCUGCUUCUUGCGGGAACAUUUUCUGCAGCAUUUGCAGACAAAAGGUCUUCAAUUUGAGGAAGAUGACAUCCAGUAUAUUUUGACAAUUCCUGCAAUAUGGUCAGAUUUGGCUAAGCAGAUAAUGAGAGAAUCAGCAUGCUUGGCUAGGAUAAAAUCUCGCAAUCUUGAAUUGGCAUAUGAACCUGAGGUGGCAGCGCUACAUUGCAGAAAUAUUCCUUCCGAAAAUUUGUGUGGGUCAACAAAAUCCUUAACAGAGAUGUUUCAGCCAGGGAAGAAAUUUGCUGUUCUUGAUUUAGGAGGUGGUACAGCAGACAUGACCGUUCAACAGAAUACUUUAGAUGGCAAGCUGAAACUUGUUCACAAGGCGUCAGGUGGUCCGUGGGGAGGCAACCGAGUCAAUGAAGAGUUCCAUAAUUUUAUCCGUGAGGUUAUUGGCAAAAAUAUUUUCGAAAGCUUUGUGAAGGAAAACAUUACUGAUUAUCUUUUUCUCAAUGGGCAAUUUGAAACAAAAAAGCGACGAAUUGACCAGAAAUCAAAUGAUGUUAUAUUCAUGCAGCUUCCUGUCACGUUGUCUGAAACUUACUUGGAAAUGUCUGGUAACCCUCUUUCAAAGAGUAUCAAAAAUACGAUGUACAGUAAGGACAUCGAUGUAGAAAAGGGAAAGAUUGUCAUAACAGCCGCAAAAUUCCGGUCCUUCUUCUCAAACACAAUUAAAGGAAUCAUUGGUCAUGUGAAAAUGGUUCUGGACAAACCAGAAUGUAAAGACAUUAAGUAUAUUCUCGUCGUCGGUGGCUUUUCAGAAUCUCCCUUGGUUGUUGAAGAAAUCCGCUCUCACUUUCCCCUUAAAACCGUCAUAAAUCCCAUAGACUCUGGCUUAUCUGUUUUGAAGGGUGCAGUGCAUUACGGGUUUGAGAAUGGAGUAAUUGUGGCAAGAGCCUGUCCCCUGACUUACGGGAUAUCGCUUUAUGACACGUUUGACAAAACACUGCACGACUUUUCUAAGACUGUUGUAGUGGAGAAGGAGAGAUUUGUUCUUGGCUGGUUUGAAAAGGUUUUCACGAUAAACGAAGUUAUUGGCGUUGGAACUAAACGAUCGAUUAAGGUAUUUGAGAGUUACAAAGGCAAACCUGAUAACAUUAGACAGAUGAAUAAAGAAAUUGAGAUUUUUUCCUCAUCUGAUCAGAAUCCUAAAUAUGUAACAGACAAAUGCUGUUCUCGACAUGGACGCAUAGUGGUUCGUCCACCAAACGGAGGGUGGCCUGAUGAGGUGAAAGGCAGGAUCGAAUUUGAAUUUGGAGGAACUGAACUAAUAGUUCGCUAUAUUGACCAAUCAAGACCUACGGAUUACAUUGUUACCGGCUGUGUAGAUUUUUAUACCAGCGAAAGUGAAUUUAAUCUAAUUGACUCCUCCAUUCGAAAAACUUCAUGACCCCCGCCCUCUUUAUGCAAAUGUCCAUUACAACUUAUAUCAUAGUCCACGUUAACCAAACUAGUAUAGAAAAAAAUACAAUAACGCCUAAAUCAUGUCAAACCAAGAAAGUCAUUUCUAUACGUAUCAUUAUAUGAUACUUAUAGGGCUUCCUGAUUUCAUGUGGUCUUCAAGUAAUAUAUCGGGGGGAAAAUUAUAGAUUUUGGACUUACAGAAGACACGAUUCCCUGUGCCUUUUUAGAUUUAAACGAAACUGCAGUAAAACCUGUUAAAACUCAGCGAAAAAACUUUAUAAAGUUCAAGUCCCGUGCCUGUAUUAGCCAGUACAUAUGCUAGUAACAAAAUAGAUUUAUUCCUCAAUAAAUCAAAGAAGGAAGAAAAGUCGAUUAUGGACAAACUUUGGCUAUAAAAGCCGACAACCAGCACUUAGGGUUAAAGAGAAGUAAAAUGACAAAGAAUGGAAGACCUCGAUGCAGACAACAAUGAGUUGUACGUGGCAAUAUUCCUUAAUAAACAACAUUCGAGGGAAAAUAUAUUCUGACCCAAUGGAGAACAUCUACGGAAUGAUAGAAAACGUGACAGAAACUCUGUGUUAUUACUGGUUUUCAAAUGAACAUUAGUUCACAUCUAGAAAAGGCGAACAAUAUCAAAUUUCUAAAAAAAAAAAAAAAUAAAUAAAUAAAAAAAAAAAAAAAACCACGGAAAAAUUUGAAAAAUGAUUUGAUUCAACCAUGAUUCCGACAGUAAGUAAAUGACUGCUGCGUAACCUCCAUUUCUACAACAGUAUUUUUGGUAGAAUAUGUGAUUUUCACAAUGACAUAAUUAUGUAUACUUGUUGCAUGAUAACGUGAUUUUUGUAGUCUAUGGUCUCUUUUUGUGUUGACAAAGAUAUACAUAAUUUGUUUUAAAUUCUACUACCCAUCAUUGAGCGUUUGUAUGCAUUACACGUGUUAUCUGCUGAGCUGUCCGUCAUUUCAUGUGUUUUUCAUUUCUUCUCUUUUUCUUUUACUUGACAAGUGUUCAAAUACACGUCAAUUACAGUUUGCGAAAGGUAAUGUCUGAACUGAAUAGCUUUAAUAAUUACGGAUUAGGGAAUGUCAACGAUUACAGAUACGUUUUAGGUGCCUGAAGGUUUAUAUUAUGAUAUGCAUUAUUGAACAAUGGCCGGAGGGAGACAUGAAAAAAGUUAAGGGAUCAGAACUCAGAUGGGGAUCGAGAAGGUGAUCAACAGAAUCUUUUACAGUAUUUCAUGUGACUGAAGUUUAUCUUUUACAUUUUAAUGGUUUCCCCCUGAAAAUACAAUUCUUAAAUUCUGUCAAUAUAUAAAUAUUGCAUGUAUUUGAGGGUAACAUUGAAAAAUUUCACCCCGAGAAAACCAUUGUCAACCGAGGCGUAACAAAUGGUUUCUCGAGGGGUGAAGAUUUCAACUACAUGCAAUAUUUGUUUUAUUAUACUGAAUGUUAUGUAAACUGGAAAGCAGAAACACUUACGUCUGUUUACAUUUGAUCAAUCACUGUCGUGCGAUAUUUCGUAUUUCGAUGCGGGUACUCGCGUUUAUUACAAACGCUCAAACGACGUCGUCAAGCAAUCUACGGCGAACCGUACGCGCAUAAAUUUGACGCAUGUGAUAUUUUUUUUUUUUUAUUUGCAAAAUUUAGUAUUUGAUAAUGACAUUCAUACAUACAUUCACACACAUAGUUAGUUAUAAUAACAUAAUAAGGUUGACAGUACCAAGUAAAGAGAGGAAAGGCAUUAAUCAAAAAUAUUUUUCCAUACAGCCCAGAUUGUACUGAAUUUUUUAAGAUUACAGUUUUUUGAAAAUAUACAAUGUUCAAUUUCAUAUUUCAUCUUAAUAUAUUGUAAUACACCCUCAAAAGAUGGUGAUCUGUUUUGUUUGCAACAUAAAAAUAUAUAUUGCUUGGUAUAUACAAUUAUGAAAUUUAUUACUUUGUUGGAAUUUUGUAAUGGACAAUCACCAAAAAUAAUAUUAAAAACAUUGAAACCAAUUCUAUUUGUUGUUCUCUCAUAAAUAUGUAAGCUUAGUUGGUUCCACAAAGUUCCUAUUUUGUCGCAAAACACAAAAAUAUGUUCAAUGUUUUCAGAGCUGUGUCCACAAAAUGAGCAAAUAUCAUUAUCCACAA